AUGGCGCGACAACGUGCUCCGUCACUUGCAAAGAAGGGCAAGGGACGUAUCCAGCCUACGGAGUUCGAGAACGAUGAUGGUCCAGACAAGACCGAAAGCCAGCAGAUGCUUGAACUUGGCCGUCUACUCAAAAAACCCAAGAUGGACGAUAACGAGCUGCAACAAUUCGGUGCAAGGAUAGCAGCCGAUCAGAAGAAGCUCAAGGACCUGGUUGCACGGCGGAGCAAAACUGUUAAAGCGGAAGAGAAGCGCCACCACGACGAACUGACUGCGAAAAUUCUUGAAGCUCUGCAGACUCCGAAUCGCCGCACACAAGAUGAAGUGCCUACCCUUGCAGGUACCAAUAUCGCGAGCAACACGGUACACACUGCCGUCACCAACAUCUUGAAUGCUUCUGAGGAUUUGGCCAACGAAUACCGGCGACUAGACGGCAUCAUAUCAGACUUCCGAGAAGAACAAACGCAUCCGAUUGCAGAGACUUGGAAGCAGGAUCUCGAGGAGGCUGACAAGCAGCUCAGGCUGGGGGCAAGAGUGGCCAUGAGGAACAUGAGAAAGUUAUUGGGAGCAGAAGAUGGCAGCACCCCAGAGCCAAUGCACGAGGAUGGAGAUGUGAAUCUGGAGGGAGACGAGGUGCAGUUGAACUAUGAAUUUCUCAAGAGCCUGAAAUACGCGGAGAGGGGAGUCAAGCGCAUGACAAAGGGUCUUCCCUUGGACGAGGGCAGCUGA